AUCCAAUGAGUAGCUGGGAGGCCUGAGCACUAAGAGGGACAAGACUUGACAGCACAGAUAUGAACCGUAGAUAACAAGGAGCCUGUGGAAGUACAGGGGCUACAGGACUGCAUGAUGGACAAUAUCUUGGCCCCAGGUCCUGAGCUCUGCUCAGAAGGCCAAAGGCCUCUGUGGACUGACAGUAUUUGGAACUUAAACAGCCAUCGUUGUUAGUAUGGUUCUGGUGAAUACACUGCUAUCUGCACUUGACCUUGGGACACUUUUUAAAAAGCUGUAGCCUCAGGGGAAACAAGAGGGGAGAGAGGCAGCAGUCGAGUGGAGGAGGCGUAGAGGGAGGCAGCAUACAGAGCCGGUUCCAUGUCUGACAUCUGAGUUCCUCUGCUCUGUGUGGAUGUGUGUUUGUGUGCUGGUUGCUUCAUAUCGCUCGGCUCACUAGCUGCGUGGGACGGAUCGGACUGUUUCCCGACCCCCCUUCACAUCCUACCCUUGACUUUCCUUACUAGUCCCCCCCCUCCAUCCCCACCUCUUCCUUGGCACCCAUCCACCUACCCGCCGACCCACCGAGGGACCCCUCUGCCGGCCCCAUGAUGAAGGAGGAGGGCCUGCUGAGCCGCCGCCGCUUCUCCACAUGCGGCGGGACAUCCUCUCUGCGACCUCCACACCCGGACGGACGCAAACUCAUCCGCAAUGCCUCCUUCGGGGGCUAUAACGAGCUGUCACCCCUCGCGCUGCCAGGGUUUGAGAGGGUGAAGGAGGACCUUUUGCCUCUGCCUUUGAAAGAGGACUCACAUUCCAUUUCUAAGAGCAAGUCUGAAACAAAGCUGUACAAUGGGUCAGACAAAGAUGUGUCAGCGUCUGGAGGGAAGCUCACCAAGAAAGAGUCUCUUAAGGUGCAGAAGAAAAACUACAGGGAAGAAAAGAAAAGGGCAACCAAGGAGCUGCUCAGCACCAUCACCGAUCCCUCUGUCAUUGUCAUGGCCGACUGGCUGAAGAUCCGGGGUACUUUAAAAAGUUGGACCAAGUUGUGGUGUGUGCUGAAACCAGGUGUCCUUCUCAUCUAUAAAACCCACAAAAACGGCCAGUGGGUGGGAACAGUACUGCUCAAUGCCUGUGAGCUGAUCGAGAGGCCUUCCAAGAAGGAUGGCUUCUGCUUCAAGCUCUUUCACCCGUUGGAACAGUCCAUCUGGGCUGUCAAGGGUCCUAAAGGAGAGGCAGUGGGUUCCAUUACCCAACCAUUACCCAGCAGCCACCUCAUCUUCCGCGCUGCCUCAGAGUCUGAUGGUCGAUGCUGGAUGGAUGCCUUAGAGUUGGCCCUGAAGUGCUCCAGCCUGUUGAAGAGGACCAUGAUCCGUGAGGGCAAGGAGGACAUGAGCACAGUAGGUAGUGGUGGAGAACACUCCAUUAACUUCUACAGCCUCCUGCGAGCCCACAACAUGCACGGAUUCCAGUUUAAUGACAGCGACCAUUUGAAAGACCCAGACCUGUACUCAGACAAGUCAGACCGGGAAGGUGAGCAGGACCAUGAGGAGUCAGACCCAGAAGGUUUGGAGAAGAGUGAGGAGAGUGACAGCGACACGUCAGAGCGUCAAGAUGACUCCUACAUAGACCUGGACCCCAACGAACACCUGCGGGAGACCCCGUACCUGGAGCAGUCUCAUGAAGAACUGGGAGAGGCUGGCGAGGCUGCUCAGACAGAAACGGUAUCAGAGGAGAAUAAGUCUCUGAUCUGGACUCUGCUGAAACAGGUCCGGCCUGGUAUGGACCUGUCUAAGGUGGUCCUGCCCACUUUCAUCCUGGAGCCAAGGUCCUUUUUGGACAAACUCUCUGACUACUACUACCACGCAGACUUUCUCUCAGAGGCUGCUGUCGAAGAAAACGCCUACAACCGAAUGAAGAAGGUGGUGAAGUGGUACAUCUCCGGGUUUUACAAGAAACCAAAGGGGUUGAAGAAGCCAUACAACCCCAUUAUAGGAGAAACGUACCGCUGCAUGUGGCUCCACCAAAAGACCAACAGCAAAACCUUCUACAUUGCAGAACAGGUAUCCCAUCAUCCUCCAGUGUCGGCCUUCUAUGUAAGCAACAGAAAGGACGGAUUCUGCCUCAGUGGGAGCAUCCUCGCCAAGUCCAAGUUCUAUGGAAACUCGCUGUCGGCGAUAUUAGACGGAGAGGCUCGGCUCACCUUUCUCAACAGAGGAGAGGAUUAUGUGAUGAACAUGCCCUACGCUCACUGCAAAGGGAUCCUGUACGGCACCAUGACGCUAGAGCUGGGGGGCUCCAUCACCAUCGCCUGUGAAAAAACAGGCUACAGUGCUCAGCUGGAGUUCAAACUCAAGCGGCAGCCAUUCCUGGGCAGCAGUGACAGUGUCAAUCAGAUCUCUGGAAAGAUCAAGCUGGGAAAAGAGGUGUUGGCUACACUAGAAGGACACUGGGACAGUGAGAUCUUCAUCAAUGACAAGAAGACGGGGACGAUGGACACCUUCUUUAAUCCGACACCCGACCUGAGGCAGAGUCGGCUGACGCGCUGCACAGUCCCACCUGAGGAACAGGGAGAGUUCGAGUCAGAAAGACUGUGGCAGCAUGUGACCCGGGCCAUCAAUAACAAGGACCAGACCGAGGCCACCAAUGAGAAGUUCAUUCUGGAGGAAGCUCAGAGGAAGUCUGCUCGUGAGCGCAAAGCCAAAUGUGAGGAGUGGAUCCCUGCACUGUUUGAGCAGGACCCCGUCACUGGAGAGUGGCAUUACAGAUAUGCAGACACAAGGCCUUGGGAUCCACUAAAUGAUCUGAUCCAGUUUGAGAAAGAUGGCUGCAUCCAGACCAAGGUCCGACACCGCACCCCUAUGGUACGUUCUGGCAGUCUUAUUAGUCUGAGUAACCAGGGGCCGCGGAGGGACAAUUGCAAGUGCCAGGUAACGGUGCCAAAGAGGAAACACAAGAGUGACAAACCCAAGAGUCCAGAGAGCGGCUGCUCUUCACCUGAACCCGACCGCCAGGACUCCUCUGGCAGCGAACGACACAAAAGCAAACACAACAGUCGUUUGAGGAAAAAAGGAGCCGACCUCAGUGAACUUCAAAGUGCCAUUGAAUCCAUAAAGCAGACGCAGGAGGACAUAAACAGGAGCAUCAGCGUGCUGCGGAGUCGUGCGGUCGGUCGACCAGAGGGAAGCUCCUUCCUCCAACAGCGCGACUACGUCAUCAUCGUUUUCCUCAUCCUCCUCCAGGUCCUCAUCAACUUCGUCUUCAAGUAGCAGCCGUCGCAGCCAGACAGGACGACGCUCCGAACACACAGGCGCCCUCCCGACAGACCGUGUUGCAGAGGGGGACUUGAACUUUGACCUCUCACAUUAAGUAAUUACACCAGUCUCCUCCGACUCUCUCCUUCUCUGUUUUUUCACUGUAUCGUCACAUGAGACUUUCUAAAGGAACGGAGACGUUUUUAACCGUGUAUUUAUUUUUAACCGCUCCAUUCCAAAACUCUGCAGCGAUCCAGAGACUGAGGUGAGUUUGAUGUGAUGAGGUCUCGACUGCCACUCUGGAGCUUGUUGAUUUGCCUUGAUGUGAGAGGCAAAGACAGGAGCCGUUUUUUUAGCUGAUGUUUGUUUUUGUUUUUUGUUUUUUUUGUCUUUUUCUGAUGGGAUGAAACUACUCUGUCGGUUCACAUUUCACCUGUAAGGACAGAUAAUAUCUUCACACAGAGAUCAGUACCAUUACUUUAAUAGUAAUGUUAAAAAUCUCUUUAGUUUUAAUGUUUUUUUUUAAAUUGUUUUGAUUGUUUGCUUAUGUGUCUUUCUGUGAAUAGAUUGUCUGCUCGCAGCAAAAAGCGGCGAUAAGGGAGAGUACAGGAAAAACAAAGUGGUCCAACAUAUGUGACUUUUAUUUUUUUAUCGUCAAAUACUUUCAUAUCGGUAGGAUACGGAUCAAGAAGUCAAAUAACACAUGUAAUGUCUAAAGGAACAGAAGCUAUAAUUUCUGCUGUACAAUAAGUCCACCUUUUGCAUACAAAGUCAGUGUUUAAGAAUAAGUCCGAUGUUUGACACAUUGUAUAGGUAGCAUGUACAGACAAAGGAGCGUGGGUAGGAGAUUAGCUCUAUGUACAGUAUUUUGUCUUAAUGCACAAAUGCACUGGAAAUGUCAUGUCUGUGUUGUAAAUCACGUUAUCAGCUCAACAUUCUUACACAUUUCUGCUCUGUGAAGGUUUGGAGCUUCAACAGAGGGUCAAAGAAUGGGGGUUUUUGACACAUGUGAAGGAUUCUGAUGCACAGUUACAUUCAUUAAACUGCUCCGAAAUAAGAGGUUAGCCCUAGGAUGGCAAAUGGAAUACAACAGAUGCGUGGAAUUUAAGAUCAAUUUUUCAAUCCAGGAAGUCAAAAUUUGCCACUUUUUUGCUCGGCUGGAUAAGGAUACAAACACUUACCUUCCAUUUGUUGUUGAUGUUAAACCUAUGACCUGCAGCCACUUAGCAUCACUUAGCAUCAAGACUGGGAUCAGUUAGCCAUAUGUUCAUUGAAUCUGUGCGAAAAUGAUAUCUAA